AUGUCUGUGGCCUGCGUGGCUUCCUACCAGCAGAACGUGCUGCGGGGAUCGGGGGGAGGCUUUGGCUUAGGUAGUCGCAGCAGUUUUGGCAGUCUUGGCUCCGGAAGCGGCGCUGGUGGUUUUGGCCUCGGUAGCGGCAACUAUGGGGCUGGCUAUGGUGGUCUUGGAAGUGGCUUGUACGGUGACAGUGGCAGUAGCAUUGGCUCUCGCAGUGGAGGACUUGGUGGUGGCUACGGCUCAGGCUACGGCGGCUUUGGCAGUGGCAGCCCGAGAUCCAGCGGCAGUCUCUUUAACGUCGGCAGUAGUCUCGGAAGUGGCUUCGGAGGUGGCCUCGGAGGUGGGCUGCAGGGUAACCUGGGUAGUGGACUUGGCAGCAGUAGCCUCGGUGGUGGACUCGGCGGCAGUGGCUUCAGUGGUGGACUCGGCGGUGGACUCAGCGGUGGACUCGGUGGCAGUGGCUUCAGUGGUGGACUCGGUGGUGGACUUGGCGGUGGACUCGGUGGACUCGGUGGCAGUGGCCUCCGUGGGGGCUCCACCUUUGGAGUUAGUAGCUCCAGCGGACAGAGAUUUGGCUUUGGACCAGUUGGAGGCUCAAGCGGUUUCGGCAGUUACGGUGGUUCCGGUAGCUUCGGAAAUUUGGGAGGCCAGGUGCAACAGCGACAGCGUCUUUGA